AUGCAUCAUGAUUUUAUAGUUGAAAAUAUAAUAGGCGAAUAUAAGGUAUCAUGUCCUUGGCGUUCUCUAGGAUGCGAUUUUAUCGGUCGCUUGUGCAUUUUACCCAGUCAUAAGAAAACGUGUCCAAUGAAUCCUGAACUACUUCCUGCAGAAUUACGUAAUCGUCUUCUGCUAUCGAAAGCUCGACAGGAACCUACCCCUCCUGCAGUCAUAAAUAUUAGCACAAAUGAUGACAGUAAUGAAAGUCAUGCAUCAACUAGUCAUGAGAAUAGUGUAUUGUCACAGAGUGUUGGUCCCACUCUAUAUGACACUAGAAAUAAUGAAAGUGUUGAUGAAGAUCACCUUUUGCCUGCUCCACCACCUAGCCUGUUGUUUCGAUUAUAUCAGAAUUCAGAUGAGAAUGGUCGCAGUCUAUUACUUAACUUUCUAAAAAGUGAUCAACGUUCCAUAAUAAAUACUGAAUCUACUUCUACCAGUGCAGGUAAUAAACGACGCCGUAGACAAUGA